AUGGAGGUGGUGGUGCCGCUGGCGCUCGUGUGUGUGCUCGCUGUGAGCGGCGCGCCGAACGCGACGCGCGCCCGCCGCCCCGACGUGCCCGAGACCGGGCACGACCACACGGCGUCCCCCGCCGCGCCCGCCCGCCCAGCACCCGCCCCCGCCCGCCCAGCGCCCGACGACGACGACGAACUCCUCUCGCAAGCGGACUACUACGAUGAGGAGAAACUCAACAUAUCCGAGAGGGGCAUGUACCUGGGCUCGCCGUGCGACACCACGUGCAACCCCAAGUUGGUGCACGUGUACUGCGAGCCGAGCACGCAAUCGUGCCAGUGCGACACCAAACACCCCGUCGCACUCGGCGUCACUAAGGGAUGCGCCAAACCCAAGAAACUCGGAGAGCAGUGUUUCUACCGUCAGACAUGCCGAGCCUUCGAUGCGCACGCAUCUUGUGUGCAGGUCAAUCAUAAUGCAUACUGCCAGUGCGACCCUGGCUACCACAGCACAACCCACUCUAGACCCACACAAAGAGUCUUCUGCACCGAAGAUCUGGUUCUGCUGACGGCGGACAUGCCGACGCUGCUGGGCGUAGCGUCGGGAAUCUUUGUGCUAGCUGGGUUGCUCUGCAUGGUGCUGCAUCUGUAUACCAGGGCGCGAUAUCACCCCACGCAUUUAGCUGAUGCCAGGCUUACGCCCCCAUGUUUGUACUCGCUCAAUGACACAGGUGGAACGGUGAGCGGGACGCGUGCGUCGUCCCGCGCGUCUUCGCGCAGCGGCUGCACGAGCGGCACGCUGGAGCUGGAGUCGUCGGCGUCGCGGCGCGCGUCGCGGCGCGGCGGCGGCGUGGCGGUGUCGGCGUCGCGCGCAGGUUCGCGACGUCCAAGUAUAAGUUCUAUGCAGAGCAGCUCAUCUUCUAUCAGGAGUUAUAGCGCUAAGAAGUGGGAGAGAGAGAGGGAGCAGAAGGAAAGGCGGCAAAUGAGCAUGCGUCUCGCUCAGUUGCACGACAAGAUGGCGGCUGGGCGGGAAAUUCCGAAGCAUGCACCGACGCCGUCGCCUCGCUCGCCGAACAACUCCACAGAUGGGCUGCUGCCUUCUGUAUGUGAAAUUAGAGAACUUGCGUCGAAUCCAGAUCAACAGCUGCAGGGCGUUGACGGGCCUUGUUCCAGCUCGUCCCUUUACUGA